CCCUAUACAUAGGUGGCUCAUGACAACCUAAGCCCCCGGUCAUGGCCCUAUACAAGGUUGGCUCAUGACACUUAGCCUGUGUGGUUGUGGCUUAACGACACUGCCCGUCGACCUAACUCAAUUGCCAAUUCUUGAGAAACUAUACCUUGAUUACAACAAGCUAUCAGUGUUACCACCUGAGCUUGGCGAAGUAAAAACUCUAAAAGUGCUUAGGGUUGACUACAACAUGCUUGUUUCAGUUCCUGUGGAGCUGAGGCAGUGUGUUGGGCUGUUGGAAUUAUCAUUAGAGCAUAACAAACUUGUUCGGCCACUUCUUGACUUCAGGUCACUUUAUUGACUAUCAACUUCUUUCUUUA